AGAAUUUUGCCUCGCAGUUACUGAUUUUAGUUGGAAGGUGAGGUUUUAAUUUUUUAACCGAACGCCGAGAAAGACAAAAGUGCAAAAAGUAUUUUUUAUUAAAUACAAAAAUAUAAGAAGAACCACAUAGAAAUCAUACAAAAUAAACCUCAGCAGAAGGCAAUUGUAAUAAAACGAGCAUUUUUUAAUGAAAUCUUUUUUUCUUUCGUUUUAAAUAAUCGAAGAGUGUGAUUGUGUGCCGAAAAGUGUUGUUGUUGUGAUUGCUUGCCGAGUGUGUUUCACAACUAAGUGUGCAAUCAUAUUUAGAAUAAAAAAAAAAAAUUAGAAAAUUUGCGAGAAAAAAAGAAGAACAACGUAAACGUGUACCCGAGGGCACAGGUGCGCGAGGCGUGUGAAAAAGUAACGGUGCGUACGCUUCCGUUUCGCAAUUCGCAUAUUUAACGCCAUUGAAACGUGGAAAACGUGCUUCCAACUAGCCCCACAUACACUACACAGGCAGCAGCAGCAGCUCGGGAGCAGCCCAGCGUACCAACGUACGCCAAUAUAUAGCGACCGCUGUGCCAGUGCCAGUGCCAAGCUGUGCGUGCCGGUCAGGGCGUGCAGUGCUCGGCGUUAUCACUAGUAGCGCAUACGCGUGUUUCCUGUGCCUCUGUGCCUGCAAGUGCCAGUGCUGUGGCCUGUGCUUGGUGUCGAGCGACGUUCGCGUAGCCAGUGAACGCUUAAAACAUAUUGAAAUUACGGUUUGAUGCGCAUGAUUCAACAGCUUCCAAUAUGAGGUCCUUAUCAAGUGCUGGUGCUGAUAUUCUAACAAAACACUCGAUUAAUUCCUUGCUGGAACAACGCCAAGAUUUCCUAACUAGACGCAAUGAGACUGCUGACGAGCUAAUAACACCUUUGAAUGAACCGCCGAUUGCCAUUAAUGAUUUUCUUGGCUUUGGCAAAUCGACCACAAAUCCGCUGCUGUUGGGCACCAACGGGGACACGCUGUCUACUUCGAUGGCCGCCUACACGCCAUUAACACCGAGCUCAUCGCAAUCGUCUGCCUCGCCCGGCACCAUGUCAGCGAAUUCUUUUGAUAUCUUUCAGUUUGAAAAUGUUGCACAAAAUAACACACCACUUAAGGUAUUUCAAAGAAACAUCAGCUUCGAUUGUUCUGCACCUUUAUCGCCAAGUACGCCCACCACUAUUUACAAUCGCUCUUUUCUCAAUUCACCUUUAGUCAGCGAUGGCAGCAACUCAUCGAGCGCCAAUGGUUUAUCGGUUGAUUCGAUACCAUUGAUGUAUCAGAAUAAUUUUGUUGGCAACGGCAUUGGUGGUUGCCUCUCGAAUAGUCGCUCCAACUCGCCGGAGAGUCAAAAUAGCAAUCAAUCCAAUGUGGAGCAUAAUUUGAUAGAUAUGAUCAACCUGCUCUCUGUAGCGGAAAAUAAUGACGCGCAAAUGUCACUGCAACAGCAGCAGCAAUUGUCAACGCAGCUGUCGCAACAGCAACUCUCACAGCUGUCAACACAGCAGCAACAACAGCUUCAAUCAUCACUACAUUUCGAGCAGUCGCUGCCAUUCGGACAACAACAGCAACAGCAGCAAACAUCUACUACCUCUCUGGGAAAUCUGGGGAAUGCCAAUAACGGUAUGUCUGGCUUUACCACAAAUCUCUUCGACGAGCAGCAAUUGCAGAACUUCGACGCGCUUACCGCGGUCGAUUUGGAAUUGUCGAAGUUGCAGAAUAUGCAGGCAUUCAACACCCUGAAGCUGCUGCAAGCGCAGUCGCAACAGGUGUCACUGCUCAAUCACCUUCUACAGGGCUACAGCAAUGGCAUGAAUCAGUUCAAGGGCUUACCGCAGCCACAGGCACAACCGCAAUCGGCCGCCGCCGCAGAUGCGCAUUUGGACCGCGUUGCGAAGUUCUAUCGCAGCUCGGCUGCGCUCUACGAUGCCACUUGCACUUGGAGCGGGCAGUUGCCACCGCGUUCGCAUCGCAUGUUGAACUAUUCACCGAAAGUGUUUCUGGGCGGCAUACCCUGGGACAUAAGCGAACAAUCGCUGAUACAGAUAUUCAAACCAUUUGGACAAAUUAGAGUCGAAUGGCCCGGCAAGGAGCAGCAAGCGGCGCAACCGAAGGGCUAUGUCUACAUCAUCUUUGAAUCCGAUAAACAAGUGAAGGCUUUGCUAUCCGCUUGUGUUUUGCAAGUCGAUGAUUCGCAGAGUGGUGGCAUUUAUUACUUCAAGAUUUCAUCUCGACGCAUUAAAGCCAAGGAUGUUGAGGUCAUCCCUUGGAUUAUCGCCGAUUCAAACUUUGUCAAGUCUACGUCACAGAAAUUAGAUCCAACCAAAACCGUAUUUGUGGGUGCAUUGCAUGGCAAGCUCACUGCAGAGGGUUUGGCUAAAAUAAUGGAUGACCUCUUCGAUGGUGUGCUAUACGCAGGUAUCGACACCGACAAAUACAAGUAUCCCAUUGGUUCCGGACGUGUUACUUUCAACAACAAUCGCUCCUACAUGAAGGCCGUUUCGGCAGCGUUCAUCGAAAUACGCACCUCUAAGUUCACCAAAAAAGUGCAGGUUGAUCCUUAUCUCGAAGACUCGCUUUGUUCCAUUUGUGGUGUGCAGCAUGGACCAUAUUUCUGUCGUGAACUAUCGUGCUUUAGAUACUUCUGUCGCGCUUGCUGGCAGUGGCAACACUCCGCCGAUGGCGUUAAGAAUCACAAACCGCUAACGAGAAACUCCAAAUCGCAAAUGUUGGUUGGCAUUGGGCCGAGCUCCAGCACAGCUUCCUUGUCAUCGUUGAGCUCCACACCACAGCCACAGCCACAGCAACAGCAGCAUACAACACAGCAGUCGCAACAACAGCAGCAUCAGCAGCACCAGCAGGCGCAUGCUCAUCAGAAUCACUUGAACGGUGGCUAUCAGUUGGAGCAUGCCCAACAGCAACAAAGCAAUGCGCACAUGCAGCGAUUGAAUCAAUUGCAACAACAACAACGGACUUCGCCACAACCCAUGUUUCAACUGAGCCAACAAUUACAACACCAACAGCAACAACAACAACAAAAUCAGCAACAAUCUAUAUUUUAAGCCGUGCUUUGUUAGAUUUAAGCGCCAAAAAGAAAGAAAAGUCAAUGGAAUUGUUAAGUUGCUAGUUGAACUAGCUUAUCACACACACACCUACAUAUAUCUAGAUACAUAUAUGCAUAUACAUAUAUCUCUAUCGACAUAUAUCCAAUUGAAUAGUGUGUAAACUAAUUUAGUUACAAACCGAGAUUUUUUUACAAUUCUCUUUUUUUUCUGUUAAUUCUUUAUGAUUUUUGUUAUACCUAAUUGUAAGCGAACACAAAAUGUAGUUUUUUUUUUUAUUUCUUGUAAAUAUUGUAUAGUUUUUUUUAGGGACAUAAUUAUUAUUAUUACUAUUUUUGUUGUUUUUUUUUUCUUCUCUUUUGAAAACGCUUAUCCGCAUUGAGGCACUCAUUUGAGUUGAGCGACAAAUUUAAUUAUAACUUUUAGGUUUUUAGUUAUCUAUGUAAUAUAGGCUGCCAAUUGCUGCAUUGUAUAUAUACAUACAUACAGACAUCAAUAAGUAUCUACUCAUGUAACAUAUCAACUGAUUGUAAUUUUAUUUUAAGCUUAUAUACAUAUGUACAUACAAACAAACACACAUACUUAGAGUUGCUUUCUAAAAGCUGAAUUGUUUAUCAAUUAAUUUUGUUUGUUUGCUCGAACUCAUACAUA